GAGUCCUGCUUGGAAUUCGAGAGACUGGUGACGGCACAAUGCGAAGCCUUAAUACAAGCAAUACACGACCGCCGUGAAUAUCUACUCGAGGCCAUACGCAUGGAUAAGGAUACGAAAAUCAGAAUAUUAAAGGAUCAGCAAUCAAAUUGCACGGGCAAGUUGCAACAAACCACUGGACUAAUACAAUUCUGUAUUGAAGCGCUAAAAGAGACAGACAGUGCUGCUUUUUUACAAGUCGGCUCUAUGUUGAUUAAUCGUGUUGCCAAUACGGACAUGACCUGGCAUCAGGAGGUGACAAAUGCCGCUCCACGUGUUUCGCCAAUUGUCGACUUGACGCUCGACGAUGCUGCGCUGGUGCGGGCCAUAGAUAAUUUGAAUUUUAUGCAGAUGAAAGCCGUCAAAGAUGGAGAAGAGAGAUUACCAGCAGGUGAGAUGUUAUUACCCGUAACCACAACGUUAAAAACAAAUGAAACAACAGCAACUGCAUCUAGCACAAAAAAUGAAAACACUCCAAUAACAACAACCAUGCCAACAAAAUUCAUGCGUACCGCAACAACACUACCAAAAUCCAUUUCGUCCAGAUUUCAUAACAAACCCAACUUCAUGAACCUAACCAAUAAUGCCAUCAACACAUCCGCCAAAAAAACCUUCACCACCAACACCAAUGCCAACAAGAUUAACAUUACCUCCACCUCCACAACAUCAUCAACAACAUCGACAUCGACAUCUUCAUCUUCAUCACCGUCACUGUCACCAACGUUAUCACUACCAUCACUAACAUUAUUGUCGACACUCUAUCCAACGAUGAUAACAACGAAAACACCUUUAGCACCAACAAUUGUUCCAGAGGAUUGCUCAGCGGAAAAUAAUUCAGUUACAGUGGCGUGGCAAGCACCGGCUCAUUCCUUCGUCGAUGGUUAUGUAUUGGAGUUGGACGAUGGCAGUGGUGGCGAGUUUAGGGAGGUCUAUUGCGGCAAGGAAACAAUUUGCACCGUCGACGGUCUCCACUUCAAUUCAAUGUACAACGCGCGCGUAAAGGCCUUCAACAAUGCCGGCGAGGGUGAAUACUCGGAGCUCAUUGGAUUACAAACAGCGGAAGUUGCCUGGUUCACAUUCGAUCCGAUUCUGAGCGGCGGCGCCGGCUCUGGCCUCGUCUUCAGCAACAACAAUGCCACAGUGUCGGUGGAGGGUUGGGAGCACCGCGUCGCUUUGGGUUCGGUGGGCUUCUCGCGCGGCAUCCACUAUUGGGAAUUCACCGUCGACAAGUACACCAUGGACACGGACCCGGCAUUCGGUGUGGCGCGCAUCGAUGUCAAUCGCAACAAAAUGUUAGGCAAAGAUGAAAAAUCCUUUGCCAUGUACAUUGACGGCCAACGUUCGUGGUUCCAACAUAAUUCCGUGCAUGAGCGACGCGUUGAAGGUGGCAUCACCACCGGCAGCACCAUCGGUGUGCUACUCGAUCUGGAGCGACACACUUUAAGCUUCCUGGUUAAUGAAAUGCCACAGGGCUCCGUUGCAUUCCGAGAUUUGUACGGCGUUUUCUACCCGGCCGUAAGCAUUAAUCGUGGCGUUACACUCACCUUACACACCGCUUUGGACGCGCCCAAAAUGGAUUACUUCUGAGUAAGAAUGAAUAAGAGUCGAUGCAAACAGCAGCGUGAGUGAGAAGGUGGGGUGAAGAGUGCGUAGUGCGAGAGAGAGAGGGAGAUAGAGGGCGAAGGGGAAGAAGACUAGAAUGCAUGAGAGUAUUCUUCUCGUCUCUGUGUAUAUAUUUUCAUUAUAAAUAUCACGUAUUUAGGGUUAACAAUAUUUAUUAUAAAUUGCAUUUAUGUUAGAAUUACGUAGAGGCGUCUACUUAUACUUAGACAUUGGCAUAACUUUUAACGUAAGAUUAGUUGUACUCGUAUUAAAUUAAUUUUAAGUAGCAUAAAUGGGUCGUAGGCACAUAUCUUAAGCAUUUAAAAUGGAGUAACCGAGAAAAAAUGUCGAGCAGCAAUUUAAAAUAUAUAUGUAUAUAGAAAAAAAACACGGCUUCCGUAAAAUGGAUGGUAAUAGAUUUGAGUAAAAAAAAAAAACAAAAACCAAAUGCCGCAUAUAAAUGUUGAUUGCUAAUUUCUAACUGUUAAGUGUGCGUAAGUAAAUCUAAGAAAUUGAAUUGAGUAGAACUUCUUAAAAUUGCAGUAAUCAUAAGUCGAAUCGCUGCACAAUGGAUACAACUUAAACAGAAAUCAGACAAAAAAAAAACAAAUGCCUAAAGAAUUAGCAGCAACAAUUAAAAAAAUUAAAUGCAAAGUAUUUCUAUAGAUCAAAGAUAAAUUGCCUCAAUCCAAUUCUUGAAAACUCAUAAAUGGAUCCAGGCAAUAAAUGUAUAUACAUACGUAGUAUGCACCACUUCCGUAAAAAAAAAACUAUACCAAAAAUUGAAGGCAAAGCUAAACUAAAUACAUGAUUACUUAUAUUACGUAACGCGUGGAGUGUGACCAGAUACGAAAUACCACGUACAAUGAAGUAUUUAUCAUAAAAGUUUAUGUAGGAGAAGGAAAAAAAAAAAUGUUGUGUAACUGCCAAUCAAAAACUAUUUAUCUAUAGAUAUUAAGGACAAAACUCAAAAACGUACUAAACUACUCGAAGUGGAUGGUCGUUGUGAUGUCUUUAUUGGUGAACAUAUGUCUCUACACAGAAUUUUAAAAUUUAGUUUAAAGAAAUACGAUUAUGUUCUACUAAUUCCAUUUCAAUUACGCAAUUAUUUUUAAUUGAGUAAUCAGUCUCAUUCACAUUCAUAUAGCUUGCUCACUUAGCAGAAGGCUAUCAGUGGUUUUUAAUUGUUUCUAUUUAUUAUGACGACUACACACGAGGCAACCGUUGAAGCAACUAGGGCAUGUCGCUUCGACCGUUGCGUCGUGUGUAGCAUUGUGACUCAUAGAAAUGCGUGUUGCCGCAACCGUCGCCCGAAAAUCAAGUGAUUUUGAUAUUUUAUGUUAGUUGCCGAAUUGGUUGCCUCGUGUGUAUCGUUAUGUAUAGAUUUUAUUGGCUUAGUUCAUUGAAAACAAGCGAACUGAAGAAGUGUCUUUGUAGAAACAAAAUUUUCUUCCGCAUAUACAUUUCAUAACAGAGCACACACUACUGAGUUUGCCGUUAUGGUUGCCUCGUGUGUAUUGAACAAGAAAAACACGUUGCUUCAACGUGCCUCGUGUGUAGUCAGCAUUACACAUCGCAACAAAUUUCAUUCGAUUAAGCUGGUCAAAUG